ACGAGACAGAUGACGGCCGGACACUCUUGAAACUUCGGGUGAUUCUCGGAAUCCUAAUAUUCCUGUUUUCAUUUAUCCCCAAAGUGGCUUUUCCCCAAAAUGCUAAGAUUUAUUAAAAGGAUUCCUAAUAAAAAAAAUUGGAAAAAAUGUACCCCAGCAUUGACAGUAUAUCGUACUAUACAUUGUAAUUAUAACAAUAAUGCAAAAUAUACCACAUCAGGAAGAUCCUAUAGCCAAGGCUCAAAACAAUCUGAGCAAGGUAGUGGAGGUGGUGGCAAAGGAUUUUUCUUAACAGUUGGGGCAUUAAUUACAGCUGGAGGAGCCACCUUGGCAUAUGCUAAAUAUGAUCCAGAUUUCAGGAAAACCCUAGUAGGCUUUGUACCUUUCACUGAUGAUGUAAUAAAAACAUUGUGGCAGGAAGAUAACAUACAGUCAAGUAAUAUCCUAUCUUCUUAUUACGAAAGUUCAAAGAAUGCCAUUUUUGACCUAUUCACAGGCAAGCCUACUAAAGAAAGUAAAUACAUUAGUACUAAAGAAAUUUCUGAGUUGCCAUCGGAAUAUAAAGCUCCUCCGCCAAUUCUACCAGUAAUAGAAAAAGAAAUGAAAAAACCGCCUCCGCCUAGCUAUGCUGAAAUUAGACUAGAGAAAAUAGAAAGUGGAAAACUAGAACCUGUUGUGGAACUAGCUGGAGAACCAAAACCCAAACCUAUAGAAGUAAAUUCGGAUAGCCCAACCGCCGAAAAUUUAGCAAAACUCGAGGAAGACAUCCGUGUAUCCGCAGAAGAAGCUGUGAACGCUUUUAACAAGGCAGUUUUUAUUAUAAGAUCGUACAAUGCAGACAUAGAGUACAUUAUAGAGGAAGCAGUGAAUGAAAUUAAACCGGAGACUUGGGAAUCACUUAAGUCCAAGACGAGGUCUAAACACGAGUGUGUAAGAAGGGCGACAGAAAAAGCCGAAAUCGCUGUUAGAGACAUAAACAAAUUGAAAGAAAUUGUUUCCAAACCAUCAUUCGAUGCUGAUCCCAUUACCAAACAGACGAUCCAAAGUAAUAUUACCAGAGUUCAAGAAGACAUAGAACACGCCAAGAGGGAAUUUGAACGUGAACAAAAGUUGGGCAGUGUAGCCGAAAAGUAUUGGGACAAAGUAGAAAAAGCUAGACAAAACUUUUCCGAAGAAUUGGAGAGUCUUUUUCCUACGAUAGAUCUUUCGAAAAAACAUCUCUGCGUGCCUGAAGAGGACUUAGAUCUUUUUGUUCUUCACACGUACGCUCACGUAUUAUAUUAUCAAAAAGAGUUGGCUAAGAUGGAAACCAUCGUUCAAGAACGAUUGAGGGCUGCGACCGAAGUCGCCAGACAAGGAGGCGGUGAAGUUUUGAACAACGCUCAAAUUUGUGAGGCAGUAGAACAAGAGAAGAGGAGACUUACAUUAUGUUUCCAACAGCAGGUAUUGAAAUUAAGAAAACAACAUGAGUUAGAACUUAGAGAACAACUUAAGAGGCAAUCCCAGACUUUCACUGACCAUUUAGAUGAAGCAGUUAGAAGACGGGCUGAAGAAAUCGAGAGAGAACUGACUAAAAAGUACGACGAAUUGUUAGAAGAAGAAAGGUGCAAGGCUAAAAUUCAAUUGGCAGCCAUUGUUGGGCGUCUGAAGGGACUAGAUGAAGCUAUAACAGACAGGGACACUUUGUUAACAGAAAAAAAUACCGCAGACGCAGCUAGUAGACAGGCUCAAGUAUUGUGGAGCGCAUGUCAAUCUUUGUUGCGAGCGAUUAAAGCUGGUUGUCCGGGAUUAUCUUGGAAAGAACAAAUUAGACCUUUAGAACCGGAAAUAACAGCUGUACAAAAAGCAGCAGCUGAUCAGGAUGAAUUGGUCUCCGCCGUGAUACAAGGCAUUCCUAAAGAAGCGAGAGAAAGAGGCGUCUACCCCGAAGAUGCAUUGAGGGAGCGGUUCUUAAAAGUAGAACAAGUCGCCAGGACAGUCGCAUUAAUUCCAGAGGAGGGUGCAGCACUACCGGUCCACUUGUUGUCAUAUUUGCAGUCGUUAAUCCUUAUCAAGGCCGCUAGUCCUAUUCCUCAAAGUGAACUAAAUAAUGAAAUAAUAGACGUUUCGACUUUAAACACAAACGAUAUUCUUCAAAGAGCCAGGUAUUGGUUAGAUCGAGGUGACUUUACACAGACGUUGCGGUAUAUGAAUUUACUCAAAGGUGCUCCUAGGUGCGUGGCAAAGGAAUGGAUGGACGAGACUAGAAUUUAUUUGGAAACCCAACAGGCCGCAAACACGCUGAUGGCAUACGCCGCCUCUAGCGGUUUGGCGUACUUGUGAUGUGUAUAAAGAACAAAAUAAAAAAAUUUCAAUAGUUCAAUCAUGUAAUUUCUGAUCGAUUGUUAUAUAUUAUUUAUUUCCAAUAUUUGUCAUCAACUUACUUUUUUAAAUAUAUUACAUUUUAGCCACCAUUGUUGUUAUUUGACUAUCAGAAUUGUUAUUCUUUGGUUUAGCCUUUUAUGAAAAACAGGUUAAAUAAAAUUAUUAAAAAUUUU